CAUUCCGUGCUCAGGUGCCCCUGGCGACCUGCUCUGAGUCCGUGUCACCCUUUUCCUACCAGUGCGCUUAUUUCUCCCUCCCCGCAGCUCCUGCACAAGACCAUCGAUGGCGUUUGCGGCCGAGCUUACCCUCCCUACCAGGAUUAUCACGGUGUGUGGGACGCCGCAGAAUGGAAGCACGUUCUCGAAGACAUUGCCACGUUUUUCAAAGCUGUGGUUGGUAAAAGUUUAUCUGAUGAAGAGAUACUUCAGCAGUUGAAUCAGUUGAAUUCAUCUCACCAGGAAGCUGUCAUGAAAUGCUUGAAAAGUAGGCGCGGUGAGAUCAGACAGGCUCUGCUCGGAGAGGUUGUUGAUAUCUCCUCUGUGCAGCUUCAGGAUUUCGAUUGGCAGUUAAAGCUUGCACUUUCUAGUGACAAGAUUGCUACAUUACAAAUGCCACUUCUAAACCUUCAUCUGGAUGUAAGAGAAAAUGGUGAACUAAGACCGUAUUCUGUUGAAAUGAGUAAAGAAGAACUACAGAAUCUAAUACAAUCUUUGGAAGCCGCAAAUAAGGUGGUCCUGCAGCUGAAAUAACCGGGUUCGCCGGGCUCCACGGCUGUCCGCAGCUCUGCUCCAGCCGAGACGCACUGAGCACCGAGUCCUGGACCACCGUGGCCACUGACGCCACAGCCGGGAAGGCGGCGGGGACUUCGAGACGCAGAUUCAUCACAUCCUUACGGAACAGGAAAGGACGUGUUUGACAGGAAAUGAUAACUGAAAGCUGAAAAAGCUGCAGUAGCGAUCUAUAUUUUCCUAAUGAUUGUGUUGUCUCAUUUAUUAAAUGUUUGAAAAAAUGUUGUAGAUACGCAGUUUAUUGAAAGCUAAAAAUAGGCUCCAAAGUAAUGCAAGGGAACGAAGCACAAGUACGCUUGGAUGUUGCUUUAAGAAUUACUCGACUAGCCAGGAUAUAUAUUAUGGGUAUGUAAGUAAUUUGUGAUAUUUUAAAAAGAACUUCUUAGAAGAAUGUGUAAGCUGCAUAUAUAACUCAGGACAUUCCAUAUUCUCAUAUUUCAAAGGAAACAUAAAAUGUAAAGUUUCUUAGAGGAAAUCUUUGUUAGACAUGAACACGAAAAAUAAACGUGUCAACAAUCGGCGAGUACGACGUCAGAAACUGCAGUCUGGAACACGGGAAAUGAAAGUGACACGGUUCGCUUUGGCGUGUCUGUUUGCCUGGAAGACUCCGUGCUCCGAUGAGAAGUAGAGACCAUUGUAUAGUGUAUAUAUUACUCUUCAAGUGUCACGUAAGGCAGGGUAGGUCCAUUUGUCAUCAAUUCUUCAUUUCACACACUUUGGGAUGUUAGCACAUUGACUGGAAAACAAAAACUUGUUAAUGUCCGUUAACUUUCAGUAACAAGCCUUCUGAACAAAUAAAUGUCAGAUUUUAUUUUUA